AGGUACAAGAGGUCAAUGGCAGGUUGAAAGUGAUUGUCACCAGGAAGGCUCAUCUAAGCUUGAGAGAGAAUGUUGCAGACAAAUCCAACUAUACCAACAAAAGGGAUCCCACCACUUCUUUGUUGGAGCCUCAAUUUUUUCGUAGGGAAAAAGAAGAAGCACAAAUACUCGAACUAUUGAUAAGUGAGGUAGAAAAUUCCAAUGCCAUGCUAAGCAUAGUCCCCAUAGUUGGGAUGGGCGGCGUUGGAAAGACAGCCUUGGCUCAACGAGUAUAUAAUGAUGCCAAAGUGAAUAGUUGUUUCGAGAAGAAAGCAUGGGUUUGUGUGUCAGAUGUUUUCCAUGUCCUUGACAUAACAAAAACUAUUUUGCAGUCGAUCACCAGGUCGUCCGAUGAUGACAAAGAUCUUGACAAGCUUCAAGUUAAGUUGAAGGAUAGUCUAGCCAGGAAGAAGUUUCUUGUGGUUUUAGAUGAUAUAUGGAAUGAGAAGUAUGAAAAAUGGACUGCCCUCUUAAAGCCAUUGACAUGGGGGCUAAGCGGAAGCAAGAUCAUCAUCACGACUCGCAACCAUAAUGUUGCUUCCAUAACAAGAGCUUCACCGUAUCAUUUGAGGGAAUUGUCCUUUGAUAAUUGUAUAAGCUUAUUGGCAUUUCAUGCUCUUGGAGUAACAAAUUUUGAGAGCCACCCGACCUUUGAAAUAAUAGGGAAGAAAAUAGCUGAAAGGUGCAAAGGUUUACCUUUGGCAGCAAAGAUGUUGGGCGGUGUCCUACGUACUAAAAGUAAUCCUAAUGAAUGGGAAGAUACCUUAAAUAACAAAAUAUGGGAUCUUCCGACGGUCGAGAAUGAUGAGGUUCUCCCAGUUUUAAAAUUGAGCUAUGUCCAUCUUCCUUCCUAUUUGAAGAGAUGUUUUGCUUAUUGUGCGGUAUUUCCCAAGGAUUAUGAAAUUGAGAGGGAUGAGUUGGUACUCUUAUGGAUAGCAGAGGGACUUUUAGAUGGGCAAAAAGCAAAUGAGAAUAUCUUGAAAUUGGGAUGGAAGCACUUUGAUGAGUUAGUAUCCAGGUCAUUUCUUCAACAAUCAAGUAUCAACGCAUCUAAGUUUUCAAUGCAUGAUCUUUUGAAUGAUCUAGCAAAGUCAAUUUUGGGUGGGACUUGCUUUAGCUCAGGGGAGUAUCAAGUGGCAAGUAAUGAACAUGAUGUAUCAUCUCUUGAAAAAACUCGUUAUGCAUCAUUCAUCCCAUCAUGGUUUGUUACAUCAAAAUGCUUGAAACCAUAUCAAGGGAUGAAGGCACUAAGAAGCUUAAUUCUGGUGCGUGAUGGAUCUAGUGGGGACUCUUUCUCUAUUUCCAACAAGGUGCUAUGUGACUUGCUAACAAACUUGAAGUACUUGAGAGUAUUCUUGUUAUGUUGUUGUGACCUCAUAGAGGUACCAAAUUGUGUUGGUGAUGUAAAAUACCUUCGAUAUCUCAAUUUCUCGUACACUAAUAUCGAGAGGCUACCUAAGUCAAUCGGCGCCUUGUGCAAAUUACAAGCUCUGAUUUUAAGAGGUUGUCAAAAGCUUUCAAAGUUGCCUCAAGGUAUCACAAAGUUAGUCAGCUUACGGUUUCUUGAUAUUAGAGAUACAUGAGAGUCUAAAAGAGAUGCCAUUGGGUAUCGGUAAUUUAAAGAAUCUUAUUAUCUUGUCCAAAUUUGUGGUGGGACUAGAGAAAGGGUCGUAGUUGAAAGAGUUAAAGAACUUGCCACAUCUUGAAGGAAAAUUAUUCAUAUAAGAAUUGCAAAAUGUGGAAAAAGUUAUAGAUGCAAUUGAUGCUAAUUUGCUUCGAAAGCUAGGCCUUACCAACUUAUCCUUGCAUUGGGGUGAACACUUGGGAGAUCUCCAUAAUCAUGAGCACGAAGCACAGGUGCUUGACUCUUUGCAACCUCACACUAAUCUUGAAAAUCUCACUAUUUUGAACUAUCGUGGUGCAGUAUUCCCAUCAUGGUUAGAUUGUACAUCCUAUUCUAAAAUAGGGUCUUUAUGCUUGUGGGACUGUCCUAAUGUUAUGUCGCUGUCUAUGAUUGGACAACUACCUUCACUUAAGGAAUUAUCUCUUAAAGGUCUACAUGCAAUAAGAAUGAUAGGCUCUGAAUUUUACGGAGGUAAAAGGCAUUUUCCAUCCUUAACCACUUUGAAGUUCAAAGAGAUGUUGGCAUGGAAGGAUUGGUCUCCUUAUGCUGGGCGCCCAAAAGAAGAAGUCUCAUUCUCCUGUCUUAAGCAUCUUGUUGUUCAGGGUUGUCCUUCGUUGGUCGGGACAUUGCCUUGUCAACUUGAUCGUCUCACAAAGCUUGAAAUUCUUUCAUGUCCGCAUUUGAAAAACUCAACCAAUGAUGUUUGUCUUCCAUCUCUCCAUGAGUUGUCCCUUGAGGAUUGUAACAAGGAGAUCUUGAAGAGCUUGAUCAACCAAACUUCUUUGACCAUUCUUACAAUUAAGAAUCUUGCAGAGCUUGUUUGCUUUGAUCAUGGGUUUAUGAACCACUUGAUCAAGCUAAGGAGCUUCAUAUAGGAGGGUGUGACCAGUUAAAAUACUUGUGGCAAGAUGAAAAUGAAAUGCUAAAUCUUACUUGCCUCGAGGAAUUAAAAAUAGCAAGCUGUCCUCAGUUCACAUCAUUCGUGGCAGGAGAAAUAGAAAUAGAGUUGCCAUGCAACCUUGAAAAGAUGGAAUUGAGUAGUUGCACCAGUUUAGAAAAGCUUCCAAGCAAGAUGUACACACUCAGUGAUCUCUCUAUUGGACAGUGUCCAAAACUCAUAAGACCAACCAUUUCUUCAUAUGACCCCAUCAGCAACAACCCGAUCUCUCAACUUCAAUCUUCAUGUAUAGGUCAAUGUGAUUCCCUGACAUUUUGUCCCUCUGCCAAGGGUAAACUUGCUACUUUGAAGAAAUUUGUUAUUCAAGACUGCGAGGGAGUGGAAUCGCUAGGAGAAAUCACCAUAGAAUCACUCAAAUUUAUGCAAAUUUACCAUUGUCCGAAUCAAAGAAGCCUACCACAAUUCCUUCACACGUUCUCCCAUCUCACUGAAUUGAGUAUAAGUGACUGUCAGAUAGAGGACUUUCCUCCCCUUCCCCUCACCCUAUCGAGUCUUAGACUUGGGGGAUGUCCGAACAUAAAGUCUAUCACCAGUAUCACCAGUUGUAACAAUCUCACUUCUUUGCAUAUAAGUGAGUGUAGGGCAUUGGAAAUAAUAGAUUCCCUUCCCCUUCCCAUCACCCUAUCGCGGGUCUCUCUCUAUUACUGUCCAAAGAUAAAGUCUCUACUAAAGUGACGUCAUCUUACAUCCCUUUGGUACAUAUUCAUUGGGCGUUGCCAAAAUAUCCAAUGCUUGCCCGAAGGAGGUUUGCCCCCCAAUGUGCAAUGGUUUCACAUAAGUGAGUGUGAGAAUAUGAAACGGCCAAUGAGAGAAUGGGGCUUACCCCUUCUCACAUCCCUCGACCAUCUAGAUAUUGACAAAAGAAGUAUGGGAGGGGAGGGAGAGAAGGUGCGGUUUCCUUCGGAGGAGGACGAGGACGAGGAGGAUGCUUGGAGUUUUCUCUUUCCUUCCUCUCUUACCUUUCUUCGAAUUGACCAUAUGAGGAACGUGGAAAGACUAUCAAAUGGCCUUCGCAACCAUCUCUCCUCUCUCCAAGUGUUAAUCAUUUCAAAUUGCCCGAAGUUGAGGGACUUGCCAAAGGAUGGCCUCCCUCCCUCCCUCCUAGUAUUGCAAAUAUAUGAAUGCGAGAAUCUGAAAGAUCAAUGCUCAAAACACACCGGCAACUAUUGGCCCCUCAUCCAAGAGAUCUCUCUCAUCUUGAUUGAUCACCUUCGGAUUCAAUGAAUUGAUUCGUCCUGGUACGGUCAGGUUUUCUAGGGUUCGGAUGUUUCACAUAAAUUCCUGGGAAAAUCCAAGAAAUCCCUGACAUGCGCAUUGAUUGGUUCCAAAUCUGGUGAAGUGGAAUUGAUCCGCUUUCGCUUUCAUUUGCUAACUACCGUGAUUCAUCCUUCGAGGUGCGGUCAGUUUUCUAGGGUCCAGGACUAAUUGAUAGUCCUGUUUCAGAUGUUUGGAUGAUAAACAUGAGGAAUGUGGAAAGAAUAUCAAUAGUGCAGGAUGUAAGAAGUGCAGAGUAUUCUGUUUCCUUGAUCUCUACAUCUCUUUGGAUGAGAAAUAUGAGGAACGUGGAAAGAUUAUCAAGUGGUCUUCGCAGUCAUCUCUCCACUUUCGAACAGCUACAUUUUAUAGUUUAAUGGAACUUGCCAGAGGAUGGCUUCAUUCCCUCCUCCAAGUAUUCAGCAUAAUUCACCGUAAAAUUAUGAAAGAAUGAUGCUCAAAACUCAGUGGCAACUAUUGGCACCUCAUCCGAGAAAUCCUGCUCAUCGUAGUUGGUUGAGUUCAGAUCCAAUAAGAAGAUAUCUAUCCAAUUUCUAAACUUUGCUUUUCAGAAUAUCCCACUAUCAUCUUUAUUUGGCAAAAUUUCUCAGGAGGAUCAAAUGCAAACAGUGCUGAGUUAGGCAAAUGAUGUGCUUAUGUUCAUUUGUUGCAACUUGACAAAAGAAGAACAAAAUGCUAUUUAUUAUUGGAAAGGUAGAAAGGAGCAAUAAGGAAGACUAUGAUUUGUCCAAAUUCUGGAGAUAUCUAUAUGUGAGAUUCCAAAAGAUUGAUGCUCAAAACUCACUGGCGACUAUUGGCCCCUCAUCCAAGAGAUCCCUCUCAUCUACAUUGUUGGUGUUUGGAUCCUAUGAAUUGAAAUUGAUCACACCAGAGGCAUGACAAAAGAUUUAUCUCCGCUGACUACUUUUCCUUCUUUAGAAUUUCCCCACUGUCAUCUUUAUUUGGCAAAUUCUCUCAGGAGGAUCAAAUGCAAACACUGUUGAGUUGGUUGAGUAGGUGGUUGAUAUUUUACAGACGUGACUAUUGGCCCCUCAUCCAAGAGAUCCCUCUCAUCCGCAUCAAGGGCUUUCAAAUCCAAUGAAUUGAUUUGUCCAUGUACAGUGAGUUUUCUUAGGGUUCAGAUGUUUCACGUUACUUUCUGGAAAAUCCAAGAAAUCCCUGACAUACGCAUUGAUUGGGUUUGGAUCCAAUGAAGUGAAAUUGAUCCACUUUCGCUUUCAUUUGCUAACUGCUACAAUUCAUCCUUCGAUGUGCAGUCAGUUUUAUUACGGUUCAGGUGAGUUUUUUGGUCUUGAAGGCAUCAAUUUCACUUCUUUUUCUUCGAUGCGAUGCUUAAUACAGAAUUAAUUCUUUUCCCCAUGGGACGGGGGUCUUUCACCCCAAUUUCAAUCGCACAUAUGCAAAGUUACCCAAUGGGCACAAACACUUGCUGAAAGAAUGAUAUAUAGUUGCUUGAAUCCCAACAAGAGCUGCCCUUAGUCUCCAAUCGCACUGCUUGUGAAGGUUGGUGAUAUUCUUGUAUGCCAUAGCUGCAUCCAUCUAAUCUCCUGCCUUGGGCCAGCUUUUUUCUUUAGCCACUGCAAUGCUCUUUCGAGCAACAAAUAAUUCAGCCCCUCUACAGGCAACCAUAUCCCCUGUUUCAUUUCUGGCCUCAAUACCAACAAUGGCAUGUUAUGUAAAAUCUGUCACAGUUAAUUUUCAUGAAACCUAGCUCAAGUUUACUCCACACCCCAUGCCUUUCAUCCACCCAAUCAUGAAUUAGCUUACAUUGUUACCGGCAACACACUCCAAAAGAGCUUUUUAACUUGUGCAAGUGGCAGUUUUCAGUAUCUGGUGAUUUAUGGAUGAAAGUUACUGCAUUUCAAGCUUUCCAGACAUACCAACAGGUGUAGGCGAUCUUUCUUAGGAGUUAUCGGCCGGGACCAAUCAUUUAAUCUCGUGACCUCACAUUUGUAGAAUAUCAGCCUGUACCCACAAGUCACCAUCAUCGGUGACUGGCAGUCUCCCAUACUUGUGAGUUAACAUAAUCACCAGAAUUUUUCAGCCAAAAAAAAAAAAA